UGUUUUUUUCUCAUUGUUUUCAAUUGGAAUCUUUUUUUCUUCACCUUCUUUGUGUUGGAUUUUGUUGAUGAUUCUCAAGUUAAUUGUUACCAAUUAUUAUUUUGUUUCUUUCGUUCAAUUAUGAUAUCAUCAAUAAGCACUAAAAGUCGCUAUGAGAAGAUUAAAUAUCUUGGUGAAGGACAAUUUGCCACUGUCUAUAAAGCUCGUGACAAUAAAACUGGUGCCAUGGUUGAAAAGAUCAAAUUAGGAACACGGGCCGAGGCCAGAGAUGGUAUUAAUAGAACAGCUUUAAGGGAGAUUAAGUUACUCCAAGAGCUUCACCAUGAGAAUAUUAUCGGUCUUCUUGAUGUGUUUGGACAUCGAUCAAAUGUUUCUCUGGUCUUUGAUUUUAUGGAAACUGAUCUUGAGGUUAUAAUCAAAGAUAAUAGUAUCAUAUUAACUCCAGCGAUCAUUAAGUCUUAUAUGUUGAUGACUCUAAAGGGUCUUGAAUAUCUACACUUGAAUUGGAUCUUACAUCGUGACUUGAAACCAAACAAUCUUUUGAUUGAUGAAAAUGGUAUCUUAAAGAUUGGUGAUUUUGGUCUUGCUCGAAGCUUUGGAUCACCUACUCGACUUUAUACUCAUCAAGUUGUAACUCGCUGGUAUCGAGCUCCAGAGCUACUUUUCGGCUCACGAAUGUAUGGAACUGGAGUAGAUAUUUGGGCUCUUGGUUGUAUAUUGGCUGAACUUUUAUUACGAGUUCCUUUUCUACCCGGAGAAACAGAUUUAGAUCAAUUAGACAAAAUUGUCCAAGUGCUAGGAACACCUAAUUCAAGUAACUGGAGAAACGUUGAACAUUUACCAGACUUCGUAACAUUCAAACCAUGCAUUGGAACAUCUUUACGUGAUAUAUUCACUGCAGCAUCGGAUGACCUUCUCGACUUGAUGAACAAGAUGUUAACCUAUGACCCUCUCAAUCGGCACACUUGUAGUCAAGCACUUCAGAUGCCCUAUUUUUCAAACAAACCCGCCCCGACUCCAGCUAAUCUUAUGCCCCGAACUAAAACACAAGAAGAGAAAACCACAGUAGGAUUAGAACGUAAAAGACAAGGAGACAAUAUUUCAACAAUGGCUAAGCGAUUAAAAUUUGACAUGGACGAUUAAUUGAUUGUCCAUUGAUUAUAAGAUCGGAUAAAAGUGUUCAAUCAAGUAAAUUGAGCAAAAGAGCAGAAAAUAAACCCAAAAAAUGACCCAAAUUGAUCGUGAAUCAACUUGAAAUUACAAUCAAGCUUUAAUUAUAAACCACUUAACCCAAGAGACAGAAAGUUCACUCUUGACCGAUCAAUAUAUUAAUCCAAUGGAUAAUAACCAAAGCAAAAGGAUUGACAAAAAAAAAGACAAAACAAAUCACAAUUAAUAAUAGAAGCAUUUUAAUUGUUGUAUAUGGUCUUAUAUGCACAUUAUUUGCUCAAUCGAAAAAAAAUCAUGCGAUUUGAGAUUUUUGCAUUUUCUUAAUUCUCUCAUCAAUUUAUAUUACAAUUUCUUUUCUUUGUUUACAAUCAAAAGGAGAAGAAAAAAAAACAUCACAUUCGCAUAUUAAGGUGAUAAUCAAUAGAUACAAUUAUGUUUUGAUUCGAUUUCAAUUCUCUGUACAAAUCAGAAUCACCUUUUACACAAAUUAAUAUCUUUUGGAAUCGUCAACAAUUAAAAUUUUCACAUAUAUUUAGCAUCCAUUUAUUGUAAUAUUAACUUGA